CCCCAGGCGUUCCCGGGUGAGGACGUCCCGGUGUUUGAUCUGCUGCUGCUGGGGAUCGGUCCGGACGGACACACGGCUUCGCUCUUCCCCGGACACCCCCUGCUCCAGGAGAAGGAGCGCAUCGUCGCCGCCAUCACCGACUCCCCGAAGCCGCCGCCGCGGCGCAUCACGCUGACGCUGCCGGUGCUGAACGCCGCGCGCUCCGUCGUCUUCGUGGUGACAGGGGAGGGCAAAGCCGCCGUCCUCAAGCGCAUUUUGGAGGACGACGAGGAAAAUCCUCUUCCUGCCGCGCGCGUCCGGCCGCGCUCCGGGCGGCUCCGCUGGUUCCUGGACGAGUCGGCGGCCAAGGACCUGACCAUCCCCGUGGAGAAACUCCCUGCCUCGUAG